AUGAUAACAGAAAGUACAAUCGCAACAAAGAUAACAGAGAGAAUCAGCGAAUCGAAAAUGUAAAAUCGGUAGUUUUUGGGAAUAUUUUCAAUCAUUUUCUUCUUCCAUUUUUUGAAUCUGAUCGAUAUCUCUCUCUCUCACGCACAUUGUUCUAUCCUUCUCAUUGCUCCAUAAAAAGCUUCAUCAAUGGCGGAUUAAAGAAACAAACCAACAACAGAAGAUCAGCAAGCUUCUGUUUGUACUAAUGGAAGCCUGCUCCGACUCUGUGGUUCCACUGUUCCCCCUCAUUUUGCCGAUACAUCACUUUGAAGCCACUGAAAAGGAGGCUUCGGCCUCGAGGAAGCGUUGCAGAGCUCUGGAAGCCAACGGCGGUGUACAGAAGAAAGAGAAGGAGAAAAGGAAGGAGAUGAGUGAGAGUUUCGAUGUUCUUCGAUCUCUCGUUCCGAAUCUCUCUCCUAAGGCCACGAGAGAGACUAUUGUUUCUGGAGCGAUUCAGUUCAUCGAGUUUCUACAGAAGCAGUUGAUGAGGCUGGAAAUGGAGAAGAAAUCAUCGGAAUCCGUGACGCUGCUUCCGAAUUCCAAUUCGGAUUCAUCAGGCGGCAAUGGCGACGGCGUCAUUGUCUCAAUCUCCGGUAACAUUGUGUUGUUUGGGGUUAUUAUUGCUUCUGUCCAACGAGGUAUGGUGACACAGAUUUUACUGGUGUUUGAAAGACACAAGACUGAAGUUCUUGCAGCAAAUGUUGUAGUCAGCCAUGGAAAUUUAACUUUAACAGUCACAGCUUCUGUACACGGUUACGUAGAGAAUACCAUAGAGCAGAUUAGAAACGAUAUUCUAAGCUUAAAGAAGUAAUAACUUCCAUUAUAUUCACGAGAUUCUUCCCUCUUUAUUUACUACAAUACGGAUGUUUAAUACUUUUACAGAACUAGAAACUGAAUGAAUACAAUACAAUGGUAAUAUAUAUUGUCUUUUGCUUCAAA